AUGAUUGUCAACAUCAUCAUUUUACUAACCAGUAUUUUAGCAACAGGAACUAACGGGCAAAUGGACUCUAGGGGAAAACAUAUGGUUUUCGUGUAUGGUACUCUUAAAAAAGGAGAACCGAACCACUCGUGGUUUUCAAAAAAUGCUGGAGGUUUCUACAAAUAUCUGGCUGAUGCGAAAACCACAGAAAAAUAUCCUCUCAUCAUAGCAACCAAAUACAACAUUCCAUUCAUUUUAGAGAGUCCAGGGAACGGCACAAAUGUUAUAGGAGAAUUAUACGAGGUAGACGACAAAGUAAUGGCAGAUCUAGAUAUCCUUGAGGAUCAUCCGAAUUUUUAUAGAAGAAAAUUGUAUGACGUUCUUACAUUGAAUGGCCAAAAUACAACAUCUAAAGCUUGGAUUUACAUGAUUGAAACGUUCAAUCCAGACUUACUAAAUGAAACAUUCUUUGAAAAUUACAGCAGUUUAGGGAAUCACGGGAAAAAAUACGUGGAAAGGUACUCUAGAGAUAGUAGCUAUGAUUAUAGACGAGAACUAGGUUCUGCAUAG